AUGGCAUUUUUCAAGAACUUCCAACAGAGCCUUCCUUCAGUCAGUUCCCUCCUGGACUCUGUCUCAACCACUGUCUCUAGUGCCGUGGACGAUUUGUCCUCAGCCGUGAGUGAUGUCACCUACACAGUCAGUGACCAACUUACAGAGCAGGUCAAUACAAUUAUCAACAAAGUGCAGACAGAAGAUGAUGACAAAUUCAAAAAAGAUGAAUCUGAAGGUUGUUCUGAUGACAUACAAAAGGAAAGAAGGAGCCGUUGGAUGAAGCAGCAGGAGACAGAAGCUUAUGGUUCAGACCUAGGCACAGAUGGAGAAGGACGAAAGAGCAAAAAGUCAAAAAAGAACUCUAUGUGGACCCUGGAAGUUGAUGAAGAGGAAAUAAUGAGAGAGAAAGAAAGGCAAGAGGAAGCAAGAAGAGCUGAGGAAGAAGAGUGGGAGUGGUGCUAUGCCCCAUCUAAAGGUUGGUAUCGUAAAAGAAAGGACCCAAACCAGUCACAAAGUGCUGCUCAGUCCACUGACAACCAGAAAGGGAACAAUAAUCGAACUUUAAAAGAAGAGCCUGCUGCUCAGGAUGGUGAAUUGUGUAAUGAGAAAACUAACAGAGUGCACUUAAGUAAUAAUCAGGAAGAUCAAAACUCUCAAGAAAUGCCUGGUGGCCCAAAAACAAUGAAAAAAUCAUCAAAUUAUGAAGAGAAUGAAGAACAUGAGAAUGUUGAGGAGGAUAAUAGUUCUGAAAGUCCUGGGAGAUUGAAUCGAAAAGACGGUAAAGCUUCCAGUGACGAAGACCUGGAGGAGGACAUCAAAGGAAAGAUCACAAAUUCAAAUGCAAAGAAGAGCAAGAAGGGUAAAGAUGGGAGUUGUCCAGAAAGAAGUUUAUCGGGGAGUGACGACGAGUCACCAAAAAGCCAUAAAGACAUGCAGAAAAGUGAACGUGGAAAUAGGGUUUCAGAGAAGGGUGAAAAAAAGGAUUGCAGUGGGGAGGCCUCACCUGAGCAGGUGAAAAGGAAAAAGGGUUCAAGUUCUCUGAAUGAAUCUCAGUCUUCACCAUACCAAGACAAAGAGGACAUGAAAAAGUGUAGUACAAUGGGCCGCAGUAGCUCAGUGGACACCAAUGGAAGUGAGGUCAGUGAAUGCAGUGAGGACCCUGAUGAUACAGAAAGUUGCCUUAAUAAGGAUGUUGAGGAGGAAGCACCCAUUGACAGUACCACUGUUUUGGGGCCAGAGGUGAAGAAGGCGCCCCGCCACUUUCCCCGAUGUGUUCUACUGUGAGAA